AUGCAACUCCAGCCGGAGCUCGUCAUACAUCAUGAUAACAGUUUACGAAACCAAGAUGGCCACACGGCAAUCGUUGUUGCAUACAACCACGCUGGACAGCAGCUGGACGCCAGCGCACUGGACGCAACCAGUCUGGCCGCCACGCUGGAGCUGCACUCCGCAUUAGAACACGCUCAGGCAGCCAUUCAGCAGGCGCAGGCCGCACUUGAGCACGCGCAAGCCAUGGGGCUGGAGCACCACGCCCACAUGGUCGAUGAAGCGGCCCUAUCCGCCAGUGCGAUUGUCGCCCAUCUGGACCAGCAAAAGCUGCUAGAUGCGCAGCAGGCCCAGCACGCGGCGGUCAGUCAUCACCUGGCUGCGGCUGCUGCGGCUGCCGCUGCAGCCAGCGCUGGUGCUGCCGCAGCCGAGGACCCCGAGGAGCAACAGAAGCAGCUAGAUGAGCUCGCGGCUGCACAGGCGCAGCUGCAACAUCUACUGCCGCUUGAUCUCACAGGCGCUGAUCCCACCGCGGCUCAGCUGCACCUCGCCGGCAUCAUGCAGCAGGCGCUGCAAGUGGUGGAGCAGCAAUCAGCUCUGCAACAAGGCCUGCAUGCGCUGCCGCCUGGUGACCUGGCGGUGCAGCAGUCGGCGCUGUUGGAACAGGCUAUGGCACUCGCGGCCCUUGCGCCGCUUGCCGGCACCAUGCCAGGCAUGGAUGCCACCGGGCAGCCAAUGUUUCAGCAGGUCUCAGACGCGGGCGCAGCGGCGGCGGCAGCAGCCGCGGCGGCAGCAGUCGCUGCUGCCGCUGCGGCGUCCGUGCCGCCCUCGGUUAUCGCUGCACAGCAGCAGCAGCCAUCGGGGCUGUGUUUGGUGCAACAGCAGCAGCACGCAGUGCGACGAGACCGGCGGAAGAAGCUGGGAGAGGGCGAUAGUAUGGACGGUGGCCGGGUUGUUGGCGAUAGGAAGACACGCAAACGCAGUGAGAAGAAGCGCAAGCGCGCCGAGCGCGAGCUGCAGGAAGCUGCCGUGGGCGAUGAUGACGAUGACGACGACUACGCCAGCACGGGCCUCGCCGCAGCCGCGGCGGCGGCCGCCAAGCUUGCACGGGUCCAGGCGGCGCAGGCGGCGGCAGUAGCCGCUGCUGCAGCCGCUGCUGGCGCCGUCGGUGCGCCCAGCACGGGCGGCAUUGCGCUGGCACCUGCGCCCAGCGUCGGAAGCGCCGCCGCGGGCGGACCUCAGGGGGGCUCGCAGCAGGACCUCCCUGGCGGAGCGGAGCCCAUCGGGCAUGACGCCAUGGGCUUGGACUCUGGUGACGGGUUCCGAAACCAGGCGCAGAGCCUCGUGGCAGCGUUGCUGGCGGCGGCGGUACCGACCCAAGGGUCCGCUCCUUACCAGGGCCUCGGCUCGUCGUAUGGUGGCCUUGGGUCGGGAGGCGUGCCGGGAUUGGACCCGCAGGCGCUUGCGGUGGCGGCGGCGGCUGCGGCCGCAGCAGCGCCGCAGCUGCCGGGGCUGCCAUUGGGUUUGUUUGGCGGCAAUGCGGGGCAGCUGCUAGGGCCGGGCGCUGCAGGAGGUUACGGAUCGAUGACUGACGACGGCUCGGCGGGUUUGGACGGGUUGCAGGACACGGUCCAGACGACCACGGCGGCGGCGGGUUUGUUAGAUCCUGCCAUGAUGGAGCUGAACAAGCCGCAAAGAGGCGGUCCUAAACGCAUGACGACAAUGUCCUGGAACGAGGACCUGCAGCGGACGGAUGUGAAGUCGGGACCGUUUAGUCAGGCGGAGAGUGACGCGGCUAAGGCCGCCGCACGGCAGUACGCAGAGGCGCAUGGCAAGAGUUGUACGGACUGGAGCUGGAUGUUUUCUCUUCAACGGGAGGGCAUGCACGGCAUGAUUACGAUGAUUUCCGCCGCCGUACCGCACCGCACACGUAAAUCGCUGUGGGCACACCUGACUCGGGUGCUGCAUUCGGGCAACUAUAAGGGUCACUUCACGGAGGAGGAGGACCGGCGGCUGCUUGACCUGGUGGACCAGCACGGCCGCAAAUGGAAGAUCAUUGGCCAGGAACUGGGCCGAUUGCCGGAGCAGUGCAGGGACCGCUGGCGCCACAUAGGGAUUAACCAGCAGCGGACCACCGGUCCUUGGAGCCAGGAGGAGAUGGCACGUUUGCAGGUCAUUGUGCAGGAGCACCUGGAUAGCAAGGCGCGGGCCGAGGUCUUGGUGGAUACCGGUUUGAGUAUGGCGGCAGCGCUGGGGGUGGCAGCAGGUGGCGGUCCUGACGGCGGCCUGGGGCUGGGCGGUGUGGGGGCUCCUGGCGGCAAGGGGCCCGGAUCCGUGAAGGGCUCCCGGAGAAUUGUGCUGGAUGGUAUUAACUGGGAGGCGAUUGCAGCGCGGAUGGGGACGCGCAACCCGCAACAGUGCAAGGAGAAAUGGUAUGAUGCGCUCUGUCCCAGCAUGGUGAGCCGUGGCGAGUGGGGUCCCGGUGACGACCGGCGCAUGUUGCGGUCUCUCCUGCUGUCCGGUGCAACACGGGAGUGGGAAGUCAACUGGGACUCCCUGGUGGAGGGACGCACGGCACCCCAGUGCAAGCGGCGUUGGCGAUUGAUGCUCAAGUGUGUGCCCGACCAUCGCAACAUGGAGUUUGAUGCCGUGCUACAGUUUCUCAUCGAUAAGUACGCGCCCAAGCUGCGCUCGCUGCAGGCCCAGCAGGCGGAGCAGCUCAUGCAUCAGCAGGAGACGCUCCAGCAGAUGCUGCACCUGCAGGGCAUGGGCCUGGUGCCGUCAGCAGCAGGCGCUGACGCCGGGGGCGCCGGUGGUGGCGGCCCGCUGGACGUUGGCGGUCAGCUAGGUGUCGGCCCGGGGCUGGGGCCGCUGGACGCGCAGCAGCAGCAGCAGGCAGCUGCGGCCGCAGCCGCGGCGGCAGCUGCCCUAGCGGGUCAGACGGGCGCUGGGGGGGUGAUGGGGCUGCCAGGACUCGACGGCAAUGCUGCCCACUUGGCAGCAGCGAGUCAAGAGAUGCUGGCGGCCGCGGCAGCUGCUGCUGCGGCAGCCGCAGCCGCGGCUGCGGGCGCAGCCGGAAAUCUUGAGAAUGGCAGUGGGAUGGUCGCGGCGCGGUAGGCACGGCAGUUCGUAUGCCUGCUCUCCUGCAUUCCGUUUUGGUCUUGGUGAACAAUGCACGAAGGGCCGCGGGUAUGUGGCGUGAUGACAGGCAGGGCGACGGAUUACAGUGAGAUGAUGAGCCGACGUUUAGUUUAGCAGAUCUACGUGCUCGGUGAGGCCCUAGUAAACGCCUACAGGGUGGUGUGUAAGCAGUUGCGUGGUUGCAGUGAACAGGAAAAGGGAAAAGAUCUUCAAUCUCCCGCUGGCUCACCAGGUGCGAGGUUCACGAGGGACACCCACCGGACAGGGACUGCGUGCGGAACCUUAACCUCUUGGGAAACUACUAGCGCACGUCGUCCCUGCCGAGCAGGCUAGGUAGGUGCCAUCCCGCUUGGGAAAUAAAUUGGAGUUGCGUUGCUGCAUGUGCGUGUCCACAUUGCCGCACAGUCAUGCGGGGCUGGGGAUUUUGGCUGACGCCUUGCCUUUGACUUGGGGUCAUGAACACUCGGGUUAACGCAGCUAAAAGAAUGGUGGUUACUGGUCGGUUCGCAUUGGGCGGCUGCCUGCGUUUUCUGGUGCAUUUUGGUGGUUGUCGCACCUGGCCGAAGAAUGUAUCUCACCCUAAAGAAAAGGCAGAUGGGAAAGGGCAUCUGACGAGGGAACAUUUUGAAGUGUUAAAAAAGUUGUCUGUC